AUGCACGGGCAUGCGCACCACAACCAUGCACGCAAUGUGGAGGAACUAGAGGACCGAGGAAAUGUUGAAGAACGAGGAGUCGUGGAGGAGCGAGGCGAUGUCGUGAUCGUUUACAAGACCAUGGAUCCGGACUUUGAAGGUGAAGUGGGAGGUUAUCGAACCGGCGCCGAACACACCACUGCCACCGAGGCGCACGCCGGCGUUGGUGCUCCUGUCGCGCCUACAAGGACCAAGGAACAAACAACCGAGACCAAAGCUACGGAUGAGGCGCCCACAACCAAGACGAAAGAGGAACCGACUACCACCAAAGAGACCGUGGCCCACACCACUCAUGAAACUAAAGAGGAGACCACCGAGACCACCGAGGCUGAAACGACCACCAAGAAGGCAACCAAUACCAGUGAGUCGGAGGCGCCUAUCACAGCAACCUCCUUUGUGACAUCGGCAUCGUCCACCUCGGAAUCUUCCCAGGAUGCCAACGAUCUCCUUGCGGCAACCUCAACCGGAUCGGGUAGUAACUCUGCCGCAUCGGCCUCGAGCACUGCUCUUGGAACUACUACUUCCGAGGGUAUGACUGGUGGUGCGAAGGCUGGUGUGGCCAUCGGUGUCAUCUUCGGUGUUGGUUUGAUCGCUGCCCUGAUUUUCUUCUUUAUCCGCAAGAAGAAGAGAAGCCAAGAAGGAUACCAGCAGGAGAAUGAGAAGACCUUCGGUGGCGAAGGCCUACCAGAGGGUAUGGCUGCUUCGCUCCCACCGCCUCCUCCUUCCAAGCAGCAGACGCCUUCGACUCCCCCUCAGCUUAAUGUUCGUCCCGUCACUCAAUUCGCGCCUGAUCUGAGCGGCAGCGGUGCCUUGAACCCCACCACCGCUGGUGCUUCCGCAGCUUUGAGCCCAGCCACAGCUGCUGUUGCAGGUGCCGCAGGUGCUACAGCUGCCUCGGCCCCCGUCGCCUCUCGUAACCUUACUGGCGAAUCGCCGCCUCCUACUCCGCCGAAGUCUGCUGGGAGUCACUCUGACCCCUUCAGUGACCCCGUCAAUCCUUUCAACCCAGCCACCGCCCCUGUUACCCCUGUUACGCAGACCGCGCCUUCGGUUGCCGAAUCAGCCACUGGACCGUCUGGACCGACCACUGGUACAUCUGGUACAUCUACACCAACCGUCGCAGCUGCCGCGGUCGGUGCCGCAGCCGUGGGUGUUGCAGCAGGUGCUGCCGCUUCAUCUCGAGCGUCUAAUGAUUCGGAGCGCUACCAUUCCGCCGAGUCACGCGGCCAUUCCCCCACUAGCUCAACCCAAUCCACGACAAUCCCUACCGACGCUGCCGCUGCAUCAGCUGGCGCUGCAGGCGCCAUGCCCAUGGCUGCUGGCCCACCACCCCCUAACAACGUUUACCGUGUGCAACUGGAAUUUAACCCCUCUAUGGAAGACGAGCUUGGACUUCGCGCAGGAGCGCUUGUGCGCAUGGUUCACGAGUACGAUGAUGGAUGGGCUCUCUGUAUGCGCCUCAACAACUCCCAGCAAGGAGUUGCUCCACGGUCUUGCCUCUCGGCUCGCCCUGUGAUGCCUCGCGCCCGCCCGCCCCCUGGCCCUCCCGGCUCUCGCGGUCCACCUAUUAUGGGCCCUGACGGUCGUCCAAUGAUGCCCGGGGGUCCGCCGGGUCCGCGAUUCUAUCCCCAAGAUGCCCGUCCGAGAUCCCCCGGUGGCCCUGGCUUCUCUGGACCUCCGCCCGGUCGUCCUUACCCCGGCCCUGGAUCUGCUGUUCAGUUCCCGCCAGUUCCCCGCUCCAUGUCGCCUGGGCCUAGAGGAGUGCCUGGUCCUCGCUCAAUGUCCCCCGGACCUGGAGGUAUGCCUGGUCCUCGCUCAAUGUCCCCCGGCCCUCGCUCGAUGUCCCCUGGACCAGGAGGGCGACCUGUCCCACGCGCAAUGUCCCCCGGACCUGGCGGCAUGCCCGGCCCUCGCGCAAUGUCCCCAGGGCCUGGAGGAAUGCCUCGCUCUAUGUCUCCUGGACCCGGCCCGCGCUCGAUGAGCCCUGGUCCAUACGGGCCUCCUGGAAUGCAGCGGCCUGUGAUGCCUGUCAACCAACGCCAACGCAGCAAUAGUGCCAGCAACGUCGCUCCGCCCAUGGCAGCGCCGGCCGCACCUGCUGUUUCAAGUCCAUUGGCCGCUCCUGCCCCUGCGGCCCCUGCUCCCGCUGCGCCUUCCGUUUCAAGUCCAUUAGCCGCUGCUGAUCCUGCUCCCGCUCCUGUGCCCGCCGCGCUGCAAGUUUCCAGUCCCUCGGCGGCUCCUGCGCCUGCGCCUGCUCCUGCUGCUGUAUCAAUGCCAAGUCCCUUAGCCGCUCCUACUCCUGCUCCCACCAGCGAGCUUCCAGCCCUGCCGACUUCCCCGCCGAUUUCCCCGCCGACUUCUCCGUCCGGCUCGAUCUCGCGGAAGCCAGUCCCCACCCAUGACGCUUAA